UAACCAACAGUAUGUACAGUGCUUCAGACAACAGCAGUAUAUCUAGUGUAUUGAGCAAUAGCACUGCUGGAAAUUCAAUUAUCGUUUUGCGGAAUGAAGUCAUUGUAGAGAAAAUAAACGAUUCUGUGUUCGAUAAAGUCUACAUCCCAAGCUUUAUCUACACAGUUGUUAUGCUUGUUAUAGGAUGCCUAGGAAAUGCCAUUGUCUUCUACAUUUACUUUACAAGAUGGAGAAAAACCACGUCGCGGGUUUUUAUCUUAGCACUUGCUGCAUUUGACUUGAUAAACAGUUGCAUUACAGCCCCAACGGAACUCUAUUUCAUGCUUCGAUGGUUUCAAACAACUAAUGGAGUUUUGUGCAAGUUUUCCCGAUUUUUGACUUUCAUGAUGAACAACUGUUCAUCCUUUACUUUGCUGGGUAUUGCAGUGGACCGUUACAUAAGUAUCUGCCGACCACUUAAAACUCAGAUGUCCACAAAAACAGCUAAGAUUAUUGUUUUCGUUGGUGCAUUUUUCGCUAUUGUUUUUGCUUGGCCUAGUUUAGUUGUCUAUGGCAUACAAUCAGUUCAGGUACCAGUAGCCCCCAGGACAUACGUAAUUGGUCAUAUGUGCUUGAUUGAGGAUUCUUUUGUAAAAACUGACUACCCUUUAGCAUUCGUGAUUGUUCUCUUAACAGGUAAUCUGUUAAUUGAUCUAAUUCUCAUCAUAACCUACAGUCUAAUUGCCAUCCAGGUUAUAAAGAGGGGAUCAUCAUUUUUAUGCCAAACACCUACAGAAUCAAGGAAGUACAGUCAAAGUACAAGUCAUUCUCACACGGAGGAUGUCUUCCUGGACGACAAUAGUUCUGGAAGGAGUCCCUCUAUACUGAAGAAAUUCUCCAAUAAAUAUGGCAACAGCCAAGAAAAUUCCGACACUGAGGCAGAAAUGAAAAGCUUGAAUUCCAGUACAAAAAGAUCUCUUAAAAAGACAGACAGCAACAGUGGCAACAAAGCAGCUGAGAAACGUGCAAAAUUUAAAAGACAAAGAUCAAUGUCAAUCCAAAGCGAGGAGGCCAGAAGGGCCCGGAUGAUCAAGAUCACCCUGAUGUUGUUCUUGGUCACGCUGCUCUUCAUGCUUUCCUUUAUACCGUUUUGCGUCAUCGUUAUUAUAAGAUAUGUGCAGCCUUCUUAUUACACAUCCCUUUCCUACACAGGGAAAGCUUUCUAUCAGUUUAUUCUGAGAUCAUACCUUCUCAGUAUGUCCCUAAACCCAGUCAUCUACAGCUUCAUGAGCGAAAAAUUCAGAGAAGAAUGUAUAAAGUGCUUUCGGAAAUUCGUUCGAGUCUUUAAAUCUUAAAAUGGAAAGACGUGAAAUUUAUACAGAUCGACUUUGCUGUUUAGAGGAAUGUUUAUAACAUUAAUGACCAGAGAUGUGUACAGUUUAUUGAAUGUUACCAUAUAUGUAUUCUAAAAGAUAACUGAACGUGAUUGCAUUAAGGUAUCCGUACGUAGUAUAUGUUCUAUUAGUUUCAAUCUAAUACUUAGUAUAAAGUUUUGAUUGAAAACCCUUGUAUUAUAUUGGGGAGAGAGAGAGAGGUGAUCAUAUACUGCAUUAUGAACUCUUGUUGACUUUUUGGUAAUUUUCUUGUCCGAAAAUAAUGAAAAUCUGAAAAUGUUUCAUUUCUUUUCAAUAUUUUUUUGUUUUUCCAGAAAAUAUAUUUUGUUUGCAAUAUCUAUUGAAAAACUUUUACUUCCUAAAUAAAAUUUUAUUUGUUAUUUUCCUAAUAAAGAAACUACAUAAACUGA